CGCACGUAGUCGUUAUCUUUUUCCUAUCGUCGGCGCAGUGUUGUCGUUACCGUCGAUCUGUUCAUGUGUUUAUUGUUGUGCACAGUUGCUAAAUCACGGUCCGCGCUUGUUCUUUAUCACGCGUAAGAAACGUUACUAUCGUUUGAUUUUACUUCGUUUCCAUUCUUUCCCGAGUGCGUAGUUUGUCGAACUUAAUUGUGAUUUAGUGCUGAAGUGUCUGAUCGAAAUCGGGAUUUUCAAGUUUUCCAAAUUACGUUAAUCGAUAGUAUACGUCUUAAUAAAUUAUAAUUGAUCGCGCGUAAUUGUGCUGUGUCUGAAAGAUUAAAAAAUAAACAAACGUUGUUGUUGUAAACGUCAAGAACGACAUCGAAGAAAAAUACCUACACUCACGGCGUCUGUGAUUUCGAACGUGCAACAUUGAAUAUAAUGUGAACGGGGAUCACUGCUGUAGCAAUAAAUGCUUAUGUCGCCGUACAGCAGAGAACACCAUACUGCCGUCGUCGCGCCCGUUUCGACGGUGUCGCCGGUGAUCGAAGAGUUUGGCAGCAACAAAAAAGACGACGGUAUCGUCGGUGGACUGCCGUCGUACCAUCAUAAAUAUUCUGAAUCCGGAAAACCUGCUGCCGGUUAUACCAAUGGAUUUUCUCUGCUCAGACGUCUUUUGCGCUGGUGGCUCGCUCGGUUCGGUCAAAAACCGUUGGAUAAAAAAGGUGUAUUGGAAAUGAGUGCUGCGACCGAAAGUGGUAUCCGGUUGAGCGGACAUACUCUGGACAAGGCGACCAAGGCAAAAGUCACACUUGAGAAUUACUACAGUAAUCUGAUCGCCCAGCAUAUCGAAAGGAAACAAAGGUUGGCAAAGCUUGAAGAAACUCUCAAGGACGAAAGUCUUUCGGAACAACAAAAACAAGAAAAACGCCAACAACAUGCACAAAAAGAAUCUGAAUUUCUCAGGCUUAAAAGAUCAAGACUUGGUGUAGAGGACUUCGAACCGCUAAAAGUUAUCGGUCGUGGUGCUUUUGGAGAGGUGAGACUCGUUCAAAAGAAAGAUACCGGUCAUAUAUACGCGAUGAAAAUCCUACGCAAAGCCGACAUGCUCGAAAAAGAACAAGUAGCGCAUGUUCGUGCAGAAAGAGAUGUUCUUGUCGAAGCUGAUCAUCAGUGGGUCGUUAAAAUGUACUAUAGUUUUCAGGAUCCAAUAAACCUUUACCUCAUAAUGGAGUUCCUGCCCGGCGGUGAUAUGAUGACGCUGCUUAUGAAAAAAGACACUUUAAGCGAGGAAUGCACCCAGUUUUACAUAGCUGAAACAGCUUUGGCCAUCGAUUCUAUUCAUAAACUCGGAUUUAUACACAGGGACAUAAAACCCGACAAUCUACUACUAGACGCCAGAGGCCACAUAAAACUGUCAGAUUUCGGACUAUGUACCGGUCUGAAGAAGUCGCACCGAACGGAUUUUUAUAGGGACCUGAGUCAAGCUAAACCGUCGGAUUUCAGUUUUUUCUGUUCAUCAGCAUCGAGUCCGAUGGACAGCAAAAGGCGAGCGGAGAGUUGGAAAAGAAAUCGCCGUGCGCUAGCCUAUAGCACCGUCGGAACGCCUGACUAUAUCGCGCCCGAAGUAUUUCUUCAGACUGGUUACGGUGCGGCUUGCGAUUGGUGGAGUGUUGGUGUCAUCAUGUAUGAAAUGCUAAUAGGUUACCCACCGUUCUGCAGCGAAAACCCGCAGGAAACCUACAGGAAAGUGAUGAACUGGCGGGAGACAUUGAGCUUCCCCGCUGAAGUGCCCAUUAGCGAAGAGGCGCGCGACGCGAUAACCAGAUUUUGUUGCGAAUCGGACCGGAGAUUAGGGUCCAGUGGUCGUGGCAUCGAUGAGCUGCGGUCAACAAUAGCGUUCUUCCGCGGUGUCGACUGGGAGCACAUUAGGGAAAGACCAGCCGCCAUACCCGUGCAGGUCAAGUCCAUCGACGACACGUCUAAUUUCGACGACUUCCCGGACGUCAAACUCGAAAUACCGUCGGCUCCGGUAACGCACGACGGCGAAGUGAUCUACAAAGACUGGGUGUUCAUCAACUAUACGUUCAAACGCUUCGAGGGACUCACUCAACGGGGCAUAGCUACCAAAAAGUGAUUGGACAACGUGUUAACAAUAGUGCAAUGUGAUAUUUUAUCUAACCUCCUAUUUACGCUUUUCUCCUUCCUCACCAAUCACCUCCCCCCCUCGUCACCGUACCCGGUUCCCUCACCCCUAAACCUAAUUACCACUUGUUGGCAUGCUGUUUAUGAUCUCAAAAAGAAAAGUUUAUUCUUUUCAGCGUUUACAACCAACCGAAGAUUCCAAAGAGCAAGUGUUUUUAAACGCAAUAAAAUAAUACCUUCUAAACCCAAUGCAAUCGAGUAUACUGUCGACCGAGGCAGUGGGUAACUAUUACCGUAUAAUAUACUAUCACCGUCAAACUUACCAAACGCAGUUGAAUAAUAAUACAACUAUAUAAAGUGUCGAAUCUUAACGUUAUUUCUACAUUAAUUUUGCACGCACACACACACAUACAUAUACACACUAAAAUUAUGUCUUAAGCUUCAUCUAGUCAUUUCCUUCGUUUUUCUCUCAAACAAUAUAUAUUCGAAUUUAAAAUAUAAUUAUUAACACGUUCGAAACCACUCUACGAAAAAAAAAAAAAAUAAAUUAUUUUAAUAAUAUUUUAGUAAUUAAUACACUAAAUGUGUACAUAUACCAUUUAUAUUUUAAGUGACAUUUAUUUGUUGAAGCACCGUAGGUAAUUUAAUGUAGCGUUAAACUUUGUACAUAGAAUCGUUUCAGAUGCAUUGUGACCGCUGGUGCUCAGGCGCGGUCAUCUUCGGAACUCUAGUGGAUGUGAACGUGUUAACUUACAAAUGUUAUUUUCGCGUGUAGGGUUUAAAUAUUAAAAUAUAUAUGUUAUAUAGAAACAUUGAAUGUUCAAAACAUUUAUUUUUAGUGAAAGCAUUCAAAUCUUGCCCUUUGACGAGUGUGAAAAAAAAAGUAAAUAAUUAAGAUUCUAACGCACUUUAGCAUGUUCCUAUAACUACAAGUAGUGGUAUCCAAUGAAUGAAUUUGUCAUCGGACAAUAAGGCCGAAAGUGAUUG